AUUAUUGUCUGAAACUCUUUUCUCUCUUCCACUCGAUCUGCUCGAGGACGUCUCAUUUUUCUCAAUUCUCAAUCGGCAUGACUGCUCUCCCUUUUUCUUGUCUUCCGGAUUCUGCACUUCGAAAGACUCUGGCACAGAUGCGCUUAGUGGAACAAUUAUCUCUAUCAGUUCUCUCAAAAAAUAUGAAGCAACUCAUCACAAUGCAGAAAAGAGCCCCGAAUCUUGUUCACAUAAACGUGAUGCAAACAACUUCGUUGACGCUGAGAACAGGAUCAAUUCCAGACGUUAAUUUUGGUUUUGGACCUCAUCAAUCGACACUGAAAGUAGAAAUGAAGAAAUCCACAAGAAGUAAAAUUGAGUCUACAGAGUUAAAUGUUCCGGGAUUUACAAUGAAAAAAUGGAUCGAGCAUAUCAUUGAUGUGUUCUCUCGCAAGGUGCAGUUAAAUAUACAAGAUGCACAAGGGAGAAGUAUUGCUGAAGUUUAUGAACUUCUAAAACAAAUCAAUAUUGUCACAUUGCACAGUGAAUUGUUUGAAAUUCCAAGUCACUUUAUGAAAAUGUUUCCUUCGAUAGAAACACUUGGUGUUUUCACAGAGUCAAUGCCUGCCUCUAUCUAUAUUCGAAAUUUGAAAAUGGUGCGAGGAAGCAACGUGACUCUUAACAAUCUAAUAACUUCAAAUUGCUCACAGUUUUUUCUAGAGAAUUCACAAUUUUCGAGCAAAGAUCUAAAUUUCUUUCUGAAGCAUUGGCUCAGGGGCUCAAACCCAUAUCUUUUAAAUAUCGUUAUGCUGUUUUCGGAGGCUAAUGAAAAUCGUUUGGUCGAAGCUAUCAUUUUUGACGGUAUCAUUGAUUACAUUGAAUCGAGAUCGGAUGGAAGUAUGAAACAGUUCACAGUAGAGAAGCACGAUGGAACAAAAGCGACCGUUGUUUAUUGUGCAACCAGUGGGCGCUUUUUCAGAAUUGAAAUUGAUUGAGUGCAAUGAUGUCCUUCUUUCAAUGCUCGUUGGAUAUUGAUUCAAUAAUUUAUGAAAUAGUUUUCCUCAAUAAAGUUUCAAUCAAAACAA